AUGCCCAUCGAAGUCAGCUCCCUCGCUGAAGGAGACAUCCCUGGAGCCAUCACCUGCAUCCAAGAUGCCUUCGCAACAGAUCCGUACAACAAUUGGAUCUUCAACGAUCGCGACAAGUUCUCCUUGGAACGGAACUCCACAAGUCUAGCCAUUCGUUGUCGUUGGGGGAUGAGAUACGCCCUGUUCCACGUAGCCAAAGACACCGCCGACCCGUCGGGGAAAGUGCUCGGCGUAGCCUGCUGGAUGGCUCCUAGCAAUCCAUUCGCACCACAGUCCUGGAGUGACUACUGGGGAAGCUGGUGGCUGUGGCUCGAGCAAGUCCGGAUGAAUUUGUCGUACGGCAGGGGAGGGCUGAACGUCAAGCGAUAUUGGAUAUGGAAGGCAGCCCAAGCAGAAGCGCAGAAAGCGUUGUGGACUGAUGAGAAGGGGUACUACUUCUGCAACAUCGUCACCGUCUUGCCGGAGACGCAAGGCAAAGGCGUGGGCAAGCUGCUGUUCAAGCACGUCACUGACAAGGCCGAUGCAGAGGGGAGGAAGUGCUAUCUGGAGAGCAGCAGGAACCAGCCCAAUAUGGCGAUUUACCGGCGCAUGGGAUUCGGGCUGGCGAAGGAGAUGAUUUGUGAUGAUGAUGGCGAUGCUAUUACGCUUUACUGCAUGAUGAGGGAGCCGAAGGGAUCCGCGGGCAGAUCCUGA